AUGUCCGUCGUCCAGAUCUACCUCCAAGCUCACGUUCACCACGGUCUGCUCGAGAUCGUGGACGAAGAUCGCAUCCGAGCUCACAGCGUCACCAUUAGCGACGCUCUCGGCCAGCGCGAUCCGACGAAGCUAGUCAAGCAAGUCACCUUGACUGGGUCAGCGGCGGCAGCUCUCAAGUUCGUUCUUAUCCGGGUCAAGAACAAGAAGAACAAGAUGGGCCUGCACAUGAAGGUGCAUGACCUCCCUCUAGUCCGGGUGGUCGCCAUCUACCAAGCGGUCGAGUUGCUUCGAAUCCGGCCAGUGCAACCGCACAUCGAAGGCCACAUCACCGGCCACGUCUCCCACAACCUGGUGACGCCGGAAGAGAUGAUCGCCGUUCACCGUGUCUUCGAAUCCAGGAGGGAGACGAGCAAGGUGUGGCGCACGAUGGUGCACCAGCUGGGCUGGUACAUCGCCAAUGACCGCGUGAGCGAUGAGGACCGGGACGCCCUGGAGAAGGCUGCGCAGGCGUUGCCGAGCUUGCAUGGUGAGAUCUUGAGCAAGGGUAAGGAGCUGUUGGAAAAGCGGACGGUGAAAGAGCGGCUUGGGAAGGUGGAUGGUGGAUGGAGGGAAAAGAAGAAGUCGGGCUGA